AUCGGCAGCGGCGCCCGAGGGAAGACGGGGGAGCGGGACCGUGAGGAGGCCUCAGAGCUGCCUUGCCAAGCAAAAGACCGGGAACAAACGGGACCUGGAAACCCGGCUCCAGCACCCAGAAGACUGUAGAGGUCAGCGGGGAGGGCCUGCCGCCCAGGACCGUUGUCAUGUCCUCCACUGUAAACAAUGGGGCUGCCGGCAUGCCAUCCCCUCCCGACGCCGCCAACGGCUUCCCGCAGCCCGGCGCCUCGUCUGGGACCUGGCCUCGCCCGGAGGAGGAGCUGCGCGCCGCCGAGCCCGGCUUGGUCAAGCGCGCGCACCGGGAGAUCCUGGACCACGAACGCAAGCGGCGCGUGGAGCUCAAGUGCAUGGAGCUGCAGGAGAUGAUGGAGGAACAGGGGUACUUAGAGGAGGAGAUCCGGCAGAAGGUUGGGACCUUCCGGCAGAUGCUGAUGGAGAAAGAGGGCGUACUGACCAGGGAAGACCGGCCUGGGGCCCACAUCAUGGCAGAGACCCCGCGGAGGAUGGACGGCUUGGAACCGGGCCUGGAGUACCCACCCUUCGAUGAGGACGACGGCCCGGUGGAUUGCGACUGCCCGGUCGCGUGCUACCGCGGGCACCGGGGGUACAGGACCAAGCACUGGUCCAGCAGCUCCGCAUCGCCCCCUCCCAAGAAGAAGAAGAAAAAGAAAGGCAGUCAUCGGAGGAGCCGCAAAAAGAGGAGACUAGAGUCAGAAUGCAGCUGUGGGAGUGCUUCCCCCCUGCGCAAGAAGAAGAAGGGUGUGAAGAAGCACCGCCGAGAUAGGUCUGAUUCUGGGUCCCGGAGGAAGAGACGAUACAGAUCUCGAAGCCUCAAGAGCAAACGAAAAGAAAAAAACAAAGAGCGCAAGAGGCCUCACGCUGAGUCCCCAGGCCGAAGGUCUCACCACCACAGCAGCGUCACUUCCCACAGUCCCUCGGUGACCUCACACUACAGCGAUUCCGGAUCACCCAGCAGGCUGAGCCCCAAGCAUCGAGAUGACGGGCGGAAGACUGGCAGCCAGCGAUCCAGCGGGAGCCGGUCGCCGUCCCCAUCGGGCGGCAGCGGAUGGGGGUCGCCCCAGCAGAACGGAGGCAGCAGGCAACGCAGCGGAACGCACGGGGGCCGCCCCGGCUCGGCGCACAGCCCGCCCGAUAAGCCUAGCUCGCCCCGGGCCUGCGACAAGGUGACCGCCGCGCCCACGCCGCCCGCGCGUGGGAAAGACAGUCAGAGCCCGCGCUCCGCGCCGUCGUCUCAGGGACGUGGGGGCCGCGCGGCGGGAGGGGCGGCCAGGCGCCGUCGCCGGCGGAGGAGGAGGCGGCGAUCGCGAUCCUCGGCCAACGCGCCCCGCCGCAGAGGGCGCCGGCGUGCAAAGCCAGCGCCGCCCCGGGGCUCGUCCCGCUCGCUUAGCGGGGCUCACUCCAGCAGCGAGUCGGGCGGCGGAGCCCCGGGUCCAGGGCCCGAGCCGGGCUCAGAGCGAGGUCACAGCGGACACGGGAAACGGGCAAAGGAGCGACCCCCUCGCGCGCGGCCCACAAGCACCUCGCCAUCUCCAGGCGCGCACAGCCGGCGGGGUGGCCCAGAGGGGAACAGCUCAUCGCGCAGCCCCGGCCCCCAUCCGGGGUCCUGGAGCUCCAGCCGCUCGCCGUCCAAAUCCCGCUCACGCUCCCCAGACAAAAGGACCCGCAGCCCCAGCCUCUCCCCGUCUCCCAAGAAACCUCUUGGCCGGGACAAAGACAGCGAAGGCCGUGCGAGGCAUGCCGAGGCUGAGGCCGCCCGCACCCGACGUCGCUCCCGCAGCUACUCGCCCAUCCGAAAGCGACGCCGUGACUCGCCCAGUUUCAUGGAGCCAAGGCGCAUCACCAGUGCCCGAAAGCGUCCCAUCCCCUACUACCGACCCAGCCCCUCCUCUUCCUCCAGCUGCUUGAGCAGCGACUACUCAAGCCGGAGCCACAGCCGGAGCCCGAGUCAGGGCCACAGCCACGGGAGCUACAGUAGCCGCAGUCAUGGGACCCGCAGCCGCUCAUGCAGCCGCUCCAGGAGCAGAAGUCCCAGCUACCACAGCAGGAGCAGCUCUGAGAGCGGGGGCUUCUAAGUCCAGACGGACCCAUCUGGGGUUAGAAGGCCCUGGCACAACCAGGAGAGGCUGGGGCCCUGAGACCUGGGAAGGAGGGGUCUGUACCCCCAUCUUGCUACAGAGGUCCCGGGGUGGGGGUGGGGCAGCACGUGGGCAGUUGGGACUAGGGAAGAGCUUCUUCCCUGGUGGGUGUCCCACCCACAAGGAGGAAUCGAAUUGUCUUGUCCCUAAAGUGUGCCCAUCCCCACGCCCUGCCCACCCACCAUGACCAGGGAACAAAGAGCCUUUUUGAACACGGAUUAGAUCACCACACCCCUCUUCUGCUUGAGGCCAGCUUACCAGCCUUGGGGCCCAUUGCCUGGGUAUGGCACAAGAGUCCCCUGUUGGCUCUCACCUCACCUCUGCUCAGUGGACCCCUGCACAGCUUGGAAGGUGCCAAACCCAGGACCUUCCCCUCCUCUCUAUCUCCCGCGGAGUUGAUCUGCAGACAGCGAAGCGAGCCAGAUCUCAGGGGGAAGCAAGACCCACCUAACUUUUGGUGUAUCGCCAGGCAGGAUGAGAUGCUCACACUUGGCCCCAUCUCUCUCCCUUGCCCUCAUAGCAGCAAGCCGGAGGCCAAGGCCACACCAUCUAGGCCUUCGUCAGCACAAGAGGUGGCAUAUACCACAUCUGUAUCUAACCCUGAAGUCAAAGAUGGGGGUACUGGGGUGGGGACAUAGCUCAGUUGGUAGAGUGCUUGCCUAGCAUGCAUGAAGUCCUGGGUUCCACCCCAAAGCAUAAAACCAAGCAUGCUGGUGCAUGCCUGUAAUCCCAGCACUCUGGAGGUAGAGGCAGGAGGACCAGGGGUUCAAGGUCAU